AUGCUUUUAAAACAUAUCAUCUUAGCUUCAAUUAUCCCACUCAUUAGUGCCGCUGAUACAGGUGCUUUGGAUGGUGGAAGCAAUGAUGAUGGAGGAAAAGGUUUGUUAAUUAAUACAGCUACUGAAGGAUAUGACAGUAUUAACCAAUAUAUAACAGAUAAUACCCAAGAAACUACUGCACAAAACGCUGUUUCAGCUACUCAAGCUACUACUGAUAACACAGCAACUACUCAAACAGGUACUCAAGCUACUCAAGCUACUCAAUCAGGUACUCAAGCUACGUCUCAAGCUACACAAACAGGUACUCAAGCUACACAAACAACACAAGCUAGUGAAGCUACUCAAACUACCCAAACAACUGGAGCUACUCAAGCUACUCAAUCAACACAGCAAUCGCAAGGUACAUCUGAAAAUGUUAAUACUAAUACAGCACCUAUCAGUGUUGGUGAAUCAACAACAGUUUGGUGGACACCAUCUGUUACACAAUGGUGGACACCAAGUACUACAGCCGUGGUUUCCACUAUAACCUCAGCUUCCAACAUCAUAACCACUACUUUAUCAUCAGCAUCAGCAUCCAAUAGUAACUCAAAUUCAAAUUCAAAUUCAGAUUCUUCAUCAGCAUCUAGUAAAUCAGGUAAAUUAACUACAAGUUUUAGUACUGUUACUACAGAUGUUGCAAUUAGUAGUGGAUCAUCAGGUGUCACAAAAUCAACAUACACUACACAAUCAGUUUAUACUGUUAGCUCAAAUAGUUCUGGUAAUGCGUUGAUCUAUGGUGAUGGAAAUGGUUUCAUUAGUUAUAAAAUUGCCGUUCCAGUUGUUGUUGCUGGAUGUGCUUUGAUUUUAUAA